CAACCCCACCGCAGCCCAGUCACAUCCCGAAGCCUUGUUUUUACAGAUAUCACCAAAGCGCUUCUCUUACUUUCCUCCUUCCCUGCAGCAUCCCCACUCCCGGUGGCGACCAACCUCAAACUUCUUUUUGUUUCUUUGACUGGUUUAUUUCACCGGCAUCACAAGUAGAGAAAGGGAGGUCCCACUUCUGCCUCUCGCCAAGUGAACUAAGGGCAAGUGGGGGCUGGAAGUCUCUUGGUCGCUCCCCUCUUUUGUCUUUCCUCCCAUGGCAGCGCCAGCCUAGGGACUCCCUAGCCGGGAAACUUAAUUCACUCUCCCUUGCUCUCUGUUCCCUCCCCCAUUAGACCCAGCCCUCCCGAGAGAGAGGGAGAGCGAGAGCAAAGCAGCUCGCAACUGCUGUUUGUCUGCAGCCACAGCUUCAGGUAGUCGCCUCUUCUCCCCUGGAGCCACUAGCUCCGCGUUCGCUACUCAGUCUCCCCAGCUUCUUGCUAACAAGGAUGUCCAACUUGAAACAUCCAUACAUCAUUUAGAGAGAAAAGGGGUGCUUUUGCCAGAUCCUUUUGCACAUUUCACAUCAGGAUAAUGUAACUGAAGAAUCCACUUUUGAGGAGAUUUCAUCAUGGGAGCAAACACCUCCAGCAAGCCUCCAGUGUUUGAUGAAAAUGAAGAUGUCAACUUUGAUCACUUUGAAAUUUUGCGUGCCAUUGGGAAAGGCAGUUUUGGAAAGGUCUGCAUUGUACAGAAGAAUGACACCAAGAAGAUGUAUGCCAUGAAGUACAUGAACAAACAGAAGUGUGUUGAGCGCAAUGAAGUAAGAAAUGUCUUCAAGGAACUUCAGAUCAUGCAAUGUCUAGAACAUCCUUUUCUGGUUAAUUUGUGGUACUCCUUCCAAGAUGAGGAGGACAUGUUUAUGGUGGUAGACCUUUUAUUGGGUGGCGAUCUGCGUUAUCACCUACAGCAGAAUGUCCGCUUCCAAGAAGACACUGUGAAGCUCUUCAUCUGUGAGCUAUCCAUGGCACUGGACUACCUUCAGAGUCAACGCAUCAUCCAUAGGGAUAUGAAGCCCGACAACAUUUUACUUGAUGAACAUGGACACGUCCACAUUACAGACUUCAACAUUGCUGCCAUGCUGACGAAGGAAAUGAAAAUCACCACAGUUGCUGGCACCAAACCUUAUAUGGCCCCUGAGAUGUUCAAUUCAAGAAGACAGACAGGAUACUCCUUUGCUGUUGACUGGUGGUCCCUGGGAGUGACUGCUUAUGAGCUGCUGAGAGGCCGGAGGCCAUAUCAGAUUCGCUCUGGAGCAUCUACUAAUGACAUUGCUCACAUGUUUAAGACAGCAAUUGUGACCUACCCAGCUUCGUGGUCAGUGGGAAUGGUGACGCUGCUGAAAAAGUUGCUUGAACAAAAUCCUGACCACAGAUUUUCCCAGCUAUCAGAUGUCCAGGACUGCUCCUACAUGGCUGAUGUGAAUUGGGAUGCAGUUCUGCAGAAGAGGCUGAUUCCAACUUUCAUUCCUAAUAAAGGCAGACUGAACUGCGAUCCCACCUUUGAACUUGAAGAAAUGAUUUUAGAAUCCAAACCUCUUCAUAAGAAAAAGAAACGACUGGCAAAGAAAGAGAAAGAUAGUAGGAAAUGUGACUCAUCCCAGACUUGCCUUCUUCAAGAGCACCUUGAAUCUGUUCAGAAGGAAUUCAUUAUAUUCAACAGAGAAAAGGUAAGAAGGGAACAUAAUGAGAAGCUGGCACAAGCCAAAGACCCAGAAGAUGGUCAGAACAACAACCUGUGAAAUCUGCUCCAUCCUCUCUACAACAUUAAUCAACUGCUCUGCAUAUGGGUUCUGUGCCAUGUGCUUCUGAACCCUCCAUUUAGAAAGCUCAGAUAGUAGUUCUCACCUAUCCCCACCCCCAUUUACAAAAGCCGAAAGGGCUAGGGUAGAACACUUAGCAUUGGGGGAUUUAUACUUUAGUGUAGUACAAAGAAUACAGGACUUAGACUAAGAAAGAUCUGGUUCCAAAUCCCAGCAAUGAUACUGUGUGGCCAUUAGCAGAUGACUUUACCUUUCUGAGCCUCAGUGGAUAAAAGGGAUAAUAAUAUUUAUAUUGCCUACAUAAAUAUGACCUACCUCACAGGGUUGUUGUGAGGGAAACACUAUAUAGUUGUGAAUUCUUAUUAUAUUUCUUUUUCUCCUCCUUGCCACACUAUAGAAAAUGUAGGAAUUGGGGUGAGGUCCUUUCAUCUUAGAAAACUAACAAGGGGAAUUGAAAUGUCUUUAAUCUAUCUGAGCAUAAAGUGGAGAAUUCUGUCCAGGAAAAAAAAAGAA